UUAAGUUUCGCAAUACAUAUAUAUUAAGUACCUAGUAGACUCGUACAGAAUUUUGAGCUCAGUUGGUCAGUUGUUGGGAUUCGUGCUGCCGUAUCGUGCCAUGGCUAAACCUGUGGCUGGAAAAAUCAAUUUCAAUACAAAACACUUGAAACGAGGUGACCCCCUUCCACCGUACAAUGGAAAACUGCGAAUUUAUAGCAUGCGACUUUGCCCCUUUGCACAACGCACGAUCCUGGCUCUGAAUGCAAAGAACAUUGAUUUCGAAGUCGUCAACAUUAGCUUGGCUGACAAACCUGAAUGGUUGACUAGCAAAAGUCCUUUUGGUACAGUGCCGUCAAUCGAAAUCAAAGAGGAUGUAUGCAUCUACGGUAGUCUUAUAGCUGUGGAGUACUUGGACGAGGUCUACCCUCAACGACCGUUGCUGCCGAAAGACCCGGUUAGGAAAGCUAUGGAUAAAAUCAUCGUUGAAGCCGUAGGACCGAUCAUAACGUUUGUCUUGAAAACUGUCAAGGCGCCAGACACGAUCACAGAAGAGACAGUUUCUGCGUUCCACAAAGCUUUGGAGUUCAUCCAAGAGCAACUGAAGGAGCGCGGCUCGCCGUACCUGGCUGGUGAUGAGCCUGGCUACGUGGAUUACAUGAACUGGCCGUGGUUCGAGCGGCUACUGGUCUUUAAGGAAGAAGAUCGAAAAAUCGAUACAGAGAGGUUUAAAUUACUGACGGCGUACCUGGAGAAGAUGAAGAAGGACCCCGCGGUUGUUCCGUACCUAGUUCCAGACAAUGUCAUGAACACAUUCCACGAGGCGUUCAAGACGGGCCCCCAUCCCAACUACGAUCUUCUAGACUUACAAUUGAAAUAACUACCUACCUACCUACCUAAAUUUUUCGUUUCCAAGGUUCCGUACACGAAGGAUGCCAACGGAACCCUAUUACUAAGUCUCAGCUGUCCAUCCAUCCGUCCGUCUGUCUGAUUGCGGGCUGUAUAUCGUGAACCGUAAUAGGUAGAGUUGAAAUUUUCAAAGAAUGAAUUUCUAUUGCGGCUAUGACAACAGAUAAUAAAAAUUUCAAAAUGACUGCCAUUAAAAAAAAAUAGUGUUAUUUUUUGUAGGAUGGUACGGAUCCCUUCGUGAGCGAGCCCAAUUCGUACUUGACCGAUUUAUUUAUUUUUACUAAAAUGUAUGAUUGUGAUUUUGUUAAGUAAUAAAUUUUUUACUCUAUUUUCGA